AUGAGUGUCUUUGUAAAGGAAGCAGAUUUGAUUCAGAGAAGUGAUAAAGUAGUCGCUGCAACUAUGGCUGAAUCCAUCAUUACUGGUCAUGGUAAUGAUCUUUCUUAUGUUUGUUUCAGGGACUUGAAACCGUAUAUUAUGAGAGAUUAUGAAUCUGAACCUCUCAAACUUCGACUAUUGCAAGAGAUUAUUAAAUAUCCAAAUCGUAAUGAUGAAAACUGGACACCACCCCCUCGAUACCCAAUAGACUACUGUUAUGUGACACCAAAAUAUCCAGCUAUGAAUCAAAUGGCACGACAUUUCUUUUGGCCAGGCAUUGAUUUGUCUGAAGUUCUUCAAUAUCCAGAUCACACUUGUGUGGUGCUGUACCGUCAACUGGUUAUUGGAUUUGGUAUAUUAGUGCCUGACACAAAUUUCAAUACAGCAUACCUGUCCUUCCUUUUAGUUCAUCCUGAGUGGCAGAGAGCUGGCAUUGCUACUUUUGUAUUGUACCAUCUUAUACAGACAUGUAUGGGGAAGGACAUAACUCUUCAUGUGUCUGUUGCAAACCCAGCUUUAAUUCUGUAUCAAAAGUUUGGCUUCAAAGUUGAAGAGUUCUUGUUAGAUUUUUAUGAUAAAUAUCUACCUGAGGAUAGUAAUGACUGUAAGCAUGCCAUGUUUUUACGUUUAAGUAGAUAGUGUGUUGUAAUAUAUUAAUUCUUACAUAUACAGUACCUUGAAAUCAUUAUGCAGUGUGAAAAUCUUCUUCUUCAGCUAUGUAAAGCAAAGACAGCAUUUAUGAAGUACAGAAUUAUCAGAUAUUACUGUUUCCAGUCAUUUUUCAUCUAUGUGAUGGUGUAUUAUCCUCGGUUUGUUAUUUGUAUUUGCAAUACACUGUAUACUGCAAAUCAGUCAUGUAUUUGGGUUUUUUAUUACAGCAGAAAACUGUAAUGAUUAAAGAAAAAAUAUACAAUUUGCGGACCAUGAAUUUCUUCCUUCUAGUCAUACAUGUAACUUGAAAAUUUCAUAUGGCUCUUCACAAUGUUAAAUUUAGAUAACCGUCUUCUGAAAAUCAUUGAGCCACAAGGAGCACCCAUGCAUGUGUCUAUCUUGAUACAGAUAACUGCUAUAGAUACUUUCAGCUUUAUACUCAUUUGUUAAUAAAUAUCAAAACUAG